AUGUCCUCCUCACCAACAUUCACAACCCCCCUCAACCCACGUCUCGCAGCAGUCGCCGGCGCAGAAGACGACGACCCCCUCUUCUCAUCCGCCCUCGACACCGUAACCCCGAACCGCCGCGCCCUCAGCCUCGACCCCCCCUCCAGCCGCGCCUCCCUCGUCCCACGCACGCCCUCUAACAACAACCCGCUGCGCUCUUCUUUACGCAGCUCAGCCGGCUACCGCGGCCUCUCCGCCUCAGGCCGCCGCUCCCUCGCCGCGACGCCCCACGCUCGCGCAGCUUACCGCACAAUCGACCAGCGCCGCGCCGCCGCUCUAACACCAGGCGGGAACAAGCGCCGCGAGAGCUUCCGACCGCGAAGGGAGUCUCUACACGAUGUCCUGCGUGGCCUAAGUCGCGUGGUAAAGCACGCCACGCAGCCCAUCUCGUCUUCCUCGUCACCUAGCGACUUCGGAUCAAGGGGACCAAGCGCGAGCCUACCAAUAAGGACGGUGGGCGGAGGUAAUCGGAGAGGCACGGUAUACGAUGACGACGACGACGAUGACGAGCUUCCGAUCGAUAGGCCGAGGUUGUCGUUACCGCUCGAUGUUGAGGACGAUGACGAGGACGAGCUUGUCGCGCCCGAGUUGUCGCAGAUUGACGAGAAUGCGACGAUUGAGUUCCCGCGGCGGGCGUAUGUAGAUCAGCCGUCGCGUAUGUCGAUGGGGAGUGCGCGGUUGAGCGGGUUUAGGAAUUACGGGGACUUGGACGACGAUGACGAUGAUGAUCGCGGGGAAGGAUUCUUUCCUGCGUUCGAGGUCGGGGCGUUGGAUGAGGAGGGGAGGGAGGCGGAGGAGACGUUGGACAGAGUCGAGGAGGAAGACUUGAGGCGGCAGACGUUGGCUUCGGCGCGGGACAGCGAUUUCGGGUUCGAGGUGCCCGUUGACGCGGAUAACCAGACGACGUUCAUGAUGGCGGUAGACGGACAGAGCUCACCGGCACGACCACUACCCGAAAUCACAGACGAACAGCCGUCGCUCAACAUCGCGUCAGUAGACGACGAGCCAGCGGCACCCAUGGACGAGGACCUAGGCUUCGGAACCUCGUACUACGACAUGCGCAGCUCAACGCCCAUCGAACCCACCGAGGCGACGCAAGGAGACCUGGACGGCCAGACGGAGGUGAGCGCCGCACAGCUGUUGGAACAGGAGCAAGGACAAAGGCCGCGCAAGACGAAGCGCGGCGUGAAGCUGUCAAAGUAUGGCGUGGAGUACCCGUCCCUGCCGCCGGCGGUGGUGAAGCGGCUGGCGAAUACGUUUGCCAAGUCGAGCGGCAUCAGUAAGACCAAGAUUGCGCCGGAUGCGCUGGCUGAGAUUCAGAGAGCGUCGGACUGGUUUUUUGAGCAGCUGGGUGACGAUUUGUCUGCGUAUGCGAAGCAUGCCAAGCGUAAGACUAUUGAUGAGAGUGAUAUGCUCACGCUCAUGCGGAGGUAUGUCUUGUUGUUUUUUCACUAUGCGAACAUCGCAAGCUCCAAUUUAGGGGUAUCGACAAUCUUUUGGGGGGCUUCCCCUUUUUUAUAUCCACAAGCUUUUUGUUCUUUUGGUACAAAUACAAUGGUGUCUAAUAUCCUUACAGACAACGUCAAACUAGUUCGACGACGACUCCCUUUUCUCUGGCACACAGACACCUGCCCCGGGAGCUGUUACAGGAGUUAA